GCGAUAGCAAGCCAACAAAAUUUCAUUCGCAUUUUGAAUUUUCGAAACAACGGACAUACAACUCCGGUUGUAACGGUUGAAUUGACGUUACUUGAUCGAAAACCUUUGAGAAACCACGAACUUUUGUCAAUUUUUUUUUAUCCGAUUCUCGAAUUUUAAAGUCACAAUCACACCGGAAAAAAUACAAAAAGAGUAGUCAAUCGAUUUUCGAAUUUUUUCAAGCGUAAAUCAACCUUUUGAUUUACAUAAAAAAAAAAUAAUUUGACAUUGUCUAGUUGUUUGAAAACGCGGCCAUUCUGUUUUAAAAACUACGACACACACACACACAGCCCACAAACGGUUCAAUCGAAAAGUCAUCCGAAGAAGAGGGAAAAAAACGACCAAUCAUCAAAUAACUCCAAGGAAACAAAACAUAAAAUAAUAAAUAAUCACACUUCGAAAUUCAUAUCAAACACACGAUAAUAAAGACACCGAAAGACGGCAAUACACUUACACACACACAUAUCCACACCGAUUGAGGGGAGUUCUCUGAACGAACGAACGACAUCGUCGAAACAAAUCAACGGCUCAAAAUAGAAAAUUUCAAGCAGAAAAAAUAACACGAAGCGAAUGUGAACGACGCGUUCGCAACUAUGGCAUUUAUUCGGUUGAGAAUUUAGUUUGCGUGUUGAAUUGGUCGUCAUUGCUUGCACCGAGCCGAGUUGAUGACGGCAAAAGACGAUGUGUACACAUUUGGUUGUCUCUAUCGAAAACUGAACAAAAAAAGAGAACAAGACGAACAAGCGACGACGAACAACUGCCGCGCGGCUGGCAUACAGCCGCAUUCAAGUGAAAAUAUACGAAGAGAACAAAAACUAUGCAUAAAAAACACCAUAACAAACAAGGAAAUAAUGUAUGAGCGCAACAAAAAUUGAAGAAAAAAAAAACUAACCCACACACAAACACAUCAAACAGAAAAACUACAAUAAAACGCAAAAGUGAUACAAAUAACAGAGAGAAAGUACUGAAGUCCCCAAAUACAUUAAACAAUAAGAAAUACGGUCGGGAAAAUCAAUCGAAACAGAACAGAACAAAAAAAAUUUAUGAGUCUACCGUCUAAAUCGAAAUCGUAAUUCACAGACUGAACAGCGGACAAAAUCCAAUGAAUAAAACAAUGAUUUCAAUGAUAUUAAAAUCAUCUGUGACAAGGUGCAUGCGUGUGACAAACGAAAUCAUUCGUUAAAAAAAAUUAUAACCCAGCCACGACCAUUCAAGACACAAACAUUGUAAAAUAAUCAAAUAUAAAUAAGAUAAACGUGAAUCAACUACGAGUUGUCUCUAAAUUUUGUCAUUCAGUUUAAUUCGAAAGUUUGAAAAAGGGACGCGCGCGUAUGUUCAUGUGUUUGAGUGUCCGUUUGUUUAUUUACUUGCAAAAAUAAAUAAAUACUGAAAAAGUGUGAUUUAAACCGAAAAAAGUGCGCGUGCAACGCAAAAUGAUUGCCAACGUCGGGAUCAUUCAUCAAUUGCUGGCCGCCGUGCUGGUGAUGUUUACGAUGCAGCUCAACGUGCAUGGAGCACUGUCGGAAGUCAUAGCUGAUCCGAAGUUCAGUGGGCCAAUUUUGAAUGCAACGGUUGCGGUCGGGAGAGAUGCAAUUCUUACAUGCAUGGUCGAAGACUUGGGUCAAUACAAAGUGGCGUGGCUUCGCGUUGACACACAGACCAUUUUAACGAUUCAGAAUCAUGUAAUUACAAAAAAUCAUCGUAUCAGCAUAUUGCAUUCCGAGCACAAGACAUGGCAAUUGAAGAUUAAGGAUAUUCGAGAAUCCGAUCGAGGUUUUUACAUGUGUCAAAUGAAUACUGACCCAAUGAAGAGCCAAACCGGUUACCUGGAUGUUGUUGUGCCACCAGAUAUUUUGGACUUUCCAACGUCUACCGACAUGGUGGUUAACGAAAAUAGUAACAUUACGUUGAUAUGCGAAGCAAAAGGUUCACCAAAGCCAAACAUAACGUGGAAACGUGAAGGACCUACCGCCAACCAUCCAGCAGUUGUGUUUGCGGAAGGUUCAACAUUGCCCAUAGCACGUGUUGAUCGCACUCACAUGGGGAGUUUCCUGUGUAUCGCGAGCAAUGGAGUGCCGCCAUCGGUUAGCAAACGAAUCACACUGAUUGUACACUUUUCGCCGAUGAUUUCAAUUCAAAAUCAAUUGGUGGGAGCGUACGAAGGCCAGAGUAUAUCUCUACAUUGCAGUACAGAAGCCUAUCCAAAAUCGAUCAAUUAUUGGACGUUCUCAAACAACAAUAACAUCAACAAUAAUAACAACAUUCUUGUAUCAGGUGGAAAUUUUGAAUCCAUAUUGAAUGAGAGCACAUACAAAACGGAUAUGACGCUUCGCAUCAAAUCGGUGGGUCCCAGCGAUUUUGGAUCGUAUAAAUGCAUCGCCAAAAAUUCACUCGGUGAAACGGACAGCACAAUAAAACUAUACAAAAUUCCGAAAAAUACAAUAAAUUCGAUUGACACACAGGAGAAACCGUACAGAGGGAAAGCUCGCAAAGGAAAUAGUAAUUAUGAGUCUAAUGAUAUUGCCGAUGAUGACCCCGAAAACGCAAAAGAUUUAAUGCGUGAUGAACGGAAUGGUCACAGCAUCAAAAUAUCAUCAAAGGGUGUGUAUACGAUAUCGGUAGCGUCCAUGGUGUUUGUGUCAACAUUAGCGACAACGCUUUUAUCGGUGGUGCGGACAACCACAUCAUCGCUUUGAUAUCAAUAAAUGAUGUCGCUUUCGAUUGGGCUGAAUUAUUGAAUCGGAAGUUUUGUGGUGUACAAAAACACUCCGUGUAUUCAUUGAACAUCAUUUAGAUAUCAUCAUCAAUCAACAUAUCGAAUGGGAGUAAUGAACAACAACAGCAACAAAAAAUGAGCAAGCAAAUAAUAAGAGAUAUAAAAGCGCCACAUGAUCACAGCAGUAGCGGUAUCAGCAGCCGUAUGACGGCAGGAUAAAUGAAAAGCCAAUCGCUUUCAGCAACAUGUCAACCAAUCAAAUUGCGCUGUUUAUUUCGUUUUUUUUUCGUUUUCCUCACUUGCAAUUGUGUGUACUACAAAUGCAGAGAAAAAAAACCCACAAACUUACCAACCAUAUUGUUAAUACCUGUUAAUUUCAUAGGAACUAAUAUAGAAGCGUAUGUGCUAAGCUAAACACGAAUUAUAAAACAAAAACCAUUGUAAAUAGGAAACAAAAACCAAACAUUGAA